AUGGCGGAAGACACCGUCAAAGUUGGAAAUUGGGAUAUACAUUAUUUAAUAGUUGGUAAUGGUCCACACACCGUACUUCUGGCUCCCGGCGCGCUUGGUACAAUAUGGACGGACUUCAAACCGCAAGUAGAAGGCUUCAACCGCGAGAAGUUCACGGUCGUAGCUUGGGACCCACCCGGCUACGGGAGGAAUAGACCACCGAUCAGAGAUUUCCCAGUUGAUUUCUAUGAAAAAGAUGCUGAUUAUAUCUAUGAAUUUAUGAAAGCAUUGAAUAUACCCAAGUAUUCUGUGUUGGGCUGGAGUGACGGAGGCAGAGCAAGCAUGAUCCAUGCCGCAAAAUACCCAGAGGCAGUGCAGAAGCUGGUGGUGUGGGCCACCACCUCACACAUCCUGCCCCAUGAGCUAGAACUGUACAGGAAAACUAGAGACAUCAGAACAUGGUCAGAGAAAAUGAGGAAGCCUAUGAUAGAAGAAUAUGGUGAAAAGCUGUUUGCCAAGUACUGGGCGGAAUGGGUCGAUGCCAUGUCAGCCGUCUUCAAAGCUAACAAUGGGGAGAUCUGCUCACAGCUACUCAAGGAUAUUGUGGCCCCGACCUUCAUACUUUAUGGCGAAAAAGAUCCUAUGGUUGAUAAUAUGCAUGUGUCGCAUUUACAUACUCAUAUAAAAGGAUCAAGAAUUCACUUGUACCCGGACGGCAAGCACAACAUCCAUCUUCGCUACGCGGAAGAUUUCAACCGCCGGGUUCAGGAGUUCCUACUACUACCUCCCGAGUAACGGAUUUCGUAUAUUUGUAUUAUCUAACCUCUGCAGGUUGAUUAUGCCUAAGUUUAAAUUCUUAA